UCAGCUUCUUUAUAAAUUCUGAUUCAUCUGUUUAUUUCGCUCCUUCACCAUUUUUGUUUUUCAUUCUUGCUCUCAACUGCGAAAGUUCUCUUCCUCUUUCACUUCUUUAGUUGAGAUUUUGUUUCUCUUUCAAGUUUUGUAAAUCGCUUAGAAGAGAGGUCAAAGAAGAGAGAAAGCUAUGUCGCUAAACCCCGAAGACAUGACAGAGGUGAACCAAGAAAUGAUAGAUGGUGUUUGGUCAGAUGAUCCUUCAAUACAGUUGGAAAACGCUUCCAAGUUCAGAUAUGCUCUGUCACAUGCGGAUGACCCUCCUGUUGCUAAGAUAGUAGAGUCUGGAGUUGUGCCUCGUUUCGUUGAGUUUCUCAAGAAGGAAGAUAACAUCGAGAUUCAGUAUGCUGCUGCUUGCGUUCUAAGAAUGGUUUCUGAAGGGAACACCAAAGUGAUAAUUGAUCACGGUGUUAUUCAAAUCUUUGUCCGUCUUCUUGGUCGUGCUACUAGUAGGGUUCAUCUCCGUUUUCAGGCUACAUUGGCACUAGGUAAUGUUGCUCGUGCUUCAGUAGAAUCCCGUAACAUUGUUCUAUUGCGUGGUGCAAUGGGUCCAGUGUUGGCUCAGCUGAAAGAGAAUACUGAGAUCUGGAUGCUUACAACUGCCGCUAGGACUUUGUUACACCUCUGCGCUGGCCUGCCUCGGCCUCCCUUUCACCAGAUUGGAUCUCAUGUACUCGCCGCACUUCAGCGAGUUCUUCAUAAAGAUGAUGAGUAUUUUUUGUCAAAUGCUUGUACGGCACUUUAUUUUCUAGCUGAUGGUUCAAAACAAAAUAUCCAGACAUUUAUCAACGCUGAUAUUGUCCCAAGACUUGUUCAACUUCUCGGACACGUUUCUCCAUCGGUGAUUGAACCUGUAGUAAGUACCAUUCUGUAUCUAAGUAAUGGAAUUAAGCAGCAGACCAAAGUUUUGAUAGAGUGUGGUGUUUUACCUCUUCUUGCCAACCUGCUUACUACUCAAGGCAAUGAUACAAGAUGGAAAAACAUAAAGAGGAACGCUUGCUGGACGAUUUCCAUGAUCACUGCAGGCACUGAAGAACAAAUUCAGGCAGUUAUUGAUGCAAAUCUGAUUCCAACGUUGGUCAAUUUGGCUCAAAAUCCUGAAUUAGAGAUAAAGGAAAAGGUUGUAAGGGCAAUUUCUAAUGCAACCUCAGGUGGUUCUCAUGAUCAAACCAAAUACUUGGUGGAGCAGGGUUGCAUAAAACCAUUAUGUGAUCUCCUGGUAUGUCCAAAUGUAAGGAUCAUCUCUGCGUGUCUAAAUGGAUUGGAAAGGAUUUUGAUGGCUGGAGAGGUGGAGAAGAACACCACCGGAGACGUGAACUUAUACUCUCAGAUGAUUGGAGAUGCAGAAGGGAAAGAAAAGAUUGAGAACCUGCAACAACACGAAAGCAGAGAAGUAAACGAGAAGGCUUUGAAGAUUGUGGAGACAUACUGGAAAAAAGAGGAUGAUGACCAAACACAACAACCUCCAAGGUGAUGAUCUCUGGUCUUUCAGAUGUGACAGAAUCAAGUUCCAGUCCUUUCUAGCGGAUUCUACUUCUGUUGAAAUGUAUAUUUAGGAAUAGACGCAAACAAAAAAAGUAACUUUCAAACUGUUAAUAGAAUGGAACCAAAACUCAAAGAGUGAGUCAAGUUCAUGGUGGAUUAA